UUGCCUUUUUGGUUUCCAAAACAUUGACAAAAACUAUCGAUUCUCCCCCAAAAGCAAAGAAGAAAAAAAAAAAAGGGCCAAAUACAACAUCGUCGUUCGUUUCGGUCCCUUUGAUUCCAUGUUCGCCGUCGAUGGCUCUGUUUCUCAGACCAACUGUAUUCUCUUUACGUCCAACACCCACUUCGAAAUCCGUGAAAGUGGCUUACAGUAUGAAACCUUCGUUCACCUCUUCCUCAUCAGAUAAGAGUAAAUUGCCGAUAUUGCUCUUCGAUGUAAUGGGUACCAUAGUCCAUGAUCCUUUCUACGAAGAUGUACCCGCUUUCUUCCGAAUGACUCUGCAAGAACUAAUAGAGUGCAAGCACCCGACUGCAUGGAUUCAGUUUGAAGAGGGGCGGAUUAAUGAGAUGGAGCUAGUUGGAAAAUUCUUCAAAGAUGGAAGGUCAUUUGACAUGGAGGGAUCUUAUGAUGAAGAAGACGAUUGGUAGAAGGUGUAGGGUUAGGGUUUUUAUCUUUUUUAGGACAAUUCUUCUUCCAUUAUAUGUCGGAGCAGGAAGAUUGAUGAUCCAUUGUCAACUAGGGCAUUUGUCUCUAUAAAAGCUUACAAAAAUCUGAUCCUCGUUUCAUUCUAUUUCUAGUUUAUAUUUGUGAGUCAUGUCAGUUUGGGAAGCUUCACCUUGUAAGCUAUCCCCUUAGAGUCAAUAAAUAGUUUGCGCACCCUUUUUUUCUUGUUCAUACAGAUUUAUGUGGUUCUUAUCCCAUUGCUUCCAACUUAGAUUUUCGAUAUUUUGUUAUUGAUGACUAUUCUAAAGUUACUUGGAUUUAUUUAAUGAAACAUCGUUCUGAGUU